AUGCUUGCGCGCCGCAGCCUCGCAAGGGAUUCAACUCGAGCAAGCAUAAACAAGCGUCGCUCGACAGGUCUUCUGUCCGUCACUCUCACCAACAGUCCGACUGCCGACCAGAUUGUCGGGAUGCCAAACUACCUCGAGGUGGUCCACACUUCCACAGAGAGAGAGAGAGAGUCCACUUCCGUUUUACAGAACCACGAAAUUUCCCAUUUCAUUACUCCGCGAGUCUGUCCAUUCACUUGA